CGAAUACGAGUGAAACGCCUCAGACGGACAAGAAUGUGCUGAAACAGCUGAGAGACACGCUGAGCGAGAAACUCGAAGCCUUGAAACUUUUAGACAACGAGAUUGUCGAGAUACUAAGUAAUAGUGAAGCCGAAGAUGCAGAACAACAGCUGGAAAAGGAAAUUCAGGAGACAGAUGAUACGCGAGCUGAAUUACAAAAAAUUAUUGUCGACGUGAAUGACGCAUUGUUCGAAGCCUUGCUGUCACUACCACAAGGUCAAGGUACACCAUCGAAUCUGAAUAUGAACGCUACGCCCAAACAGACUGUUCGCGCAAAGCUCCCAAAUUUAGAG